ACAAACGAAGAAGACUGAACCGGAAGUGACGACACGGUGGGUUGUUGACAAAUCGAGCUAGCCAUUGCUAGGUAGCAUGGUAUUUACUUGACUUCUUUACUAAAUACAGCGUACAUAAUGAGUUCUCUAGACGAAAGGCACGGAACGAAACGUCCAGCUUCUCCAAGUGACGAUGGGUCCACAUGGGCGACAGCUGAUCUGGGAAGCGAUGAAAGGAAGCUGAAGUUUCUACGUUUGAUGGGCGCCGGCAAGAAAGAAUCCACCGGACGACUCGUGAUUGGCGACCACAAGUCAACUUCCCAUGUCCGCAGUGGGAUGGAAGACAGAGAGAUGAACGAGCAGCUGGAGAUGCAGUACCAGCAGGGCAUGGACGGGAAGCUGUCGGGCCGGAACCGGAGACACUGUGGUCUGGGGUUCAAUGAGGUGAGGGGUCACAUAGAGCCAGAGGAGGGGACACGCAGAGCCAGAGGAAGGGACAGGGAGAUUUUUGUAAUACUCUUAAAGGUCACCUAUCAUGUAAAAUCCACUUGUUCACGUCUCUUCUACAUCAACCGAAUCAAGCUUCAUAUAAACCCUUUGCUCAACACUGCCAAACGGAGAGCGCAGGAGGUUGACUUCAGCGCGGCGAUGAUGAGGAUGCGGGUAUGGAAGUGCUUCUGGGAGGCACUCAGAGAGAUGAGUCAUCAGCCUUGGCUCAGUGACCAGGCUGCCUGCAGUCAGACCUGGAUCACUUUCCCUCCAUCAGCAGGAUGUUAA